AUGAUCUCCGAGCCACCAAUCCAUCUUCCAACGGAAAUUGUCGUUCAGAUUUUGGACGAGGUCGCUGCCGAUGAGGUGGCCCGCCAAUCGACACUCCACGCCUGCUGUCUGGUCUCGCGGCAAUGGUAUACCUGCGCAAUUACUUUACUCUGGGAGAGACCCCGGAUAAAUAGCGGCCGCAGCUUUACGAGAUUUACAAGCACGAUCAGCCCACCGAUCGGGGUCCGCAAGAGCAAAUGGAAUCUCGGCGCCCUCGUUCAUAAGCUCGAUUUGAGCUCCCUCGUCCAUCACAGCUCACCCAGCCUGACCGCAAGGUUGUUGGGCCGUGUCAAGGAGAAUUUGGAAGUAUUUAUUGCUCCCAGGGCUUCGUUUGCGUCCAACAGCCUGCCGUCACUCACGAAAUGCUCCAAGCUCCGUUAUCUAGACCUCUCCCUCGUGACCACACCCAUUCCCUUCAAAGACCUCAGAAGGAGUCUAAGCAAUCUCACCAAUCUACAAGCCCUUCGCCUCCCCCAGUCGAACUCUGUUCCAGACUCCGAGUCGUUUGGAAUACCUUGGCCCCCAAAUCUUAGCCGUGUCCAGUUCAGCGGCCACUUCUCCGCCGAACCCAUCCGGUCAUUCCGCUGGCCGGCGUCUCUUACGAGCCUCACCAUCAAAAACUGCUAUGACCUUUCUCUUUCGAAUCUCAGCAGCUUCAUGUGCAGCCUGGACUUAAGUAAUUCACUUAAGCGUCUCAUAAUAUCUGGUUCAAACCGCCGGCUAAGCCCAGAAUCAAUAACCUCUAUUCUCAUCUUAGUACCAGGCUUAUCUUUUCUCAGCGUCCCUGGUGACAUGGUUGAUGGCACGUUCUUCGAUAUGCUCUGCCACGCUGGUAUCCCUACCCUGGAAGUGCUUGAAUUUGGAUACCCCACUGAGGAUCCGACAAUAUAUUUCAGUACAAAGAGCUUGAUCGAAGCGCUUGAACUCGGCCUUCCGAAUGUGUAUGCCACGGGGUUCGCUGAGGUCUUUAUCUCCGAUGAUGGCAUGUUAGACGACGACGCAGUUGACGACUUCUUACUUGAUCGCAUGGAGUUGAGAAAAUCUCUCCCACCUGGUGUCGUGGACACUAAACAAACCUCUUUGAACAUUCAGCCUGGCGUAUAUUAUAUCUGA